AUGUCAAAUGUGGGUGGCAGGCACGGUCACUGCAAGUGCGGCAAGCCUUAUGUGUAUAGAUGUCCCAGAUGUGCUUCAUCUUUAUGUUCAUUAAGAUGCUCAAAGGAGCACAAAAUUAGUUGUAAAAAGGGCUGUAAAACGUUUGAUUUCAUACCAUUGUUGCAAAUGAAUGAAGACACAUUAGUUCAAGACUAUAGAUUUUUAGAAAGAAUGUCUGUAGCAGCUGAAUCUGCAGCAAGAUCAAGUUUAUCCCACCUUGAAACCAUGAAUCCCCCAAAAAAUCUCUUAAAGGCAUGUGCAAAUCGCAAUAUUAUACUCAGAACACUGCCAAGAUUCUUUAAAAUGUCAAGGGAAAACACCACUAGAGUUGAAAAUGAUACUAUUUUUUGGAAAAUUUUAUGGAAAAUCAAAGUAGAAUCUAAAACACUUGAAUUAUAUGACUGUGUAAGUGAAAAUAUUAAAAUAAAAGAAGCCUUGGAAAGGGUCCUUAUUAAAGGAUCAUUAGAACCCGAAAAGGUAUACUCAGUGUUCCUAUCAAUCGCUAAUAUGAAUGAGAUUGAAGGAAAUUAUGAAAUCGAACAAUUUAAGUGCGAAUUAGAUUCUAGCUUGGGUGAUAUAUUGAAAGGCAAAUGUAUUAUCGAGCAUCCAUGUCUAAUGGCAUUCUUUGAUGAAAAUAGAUGA